AUGGAGGAUAUAAAAAAAAAUAAAGAUAGAAUUGAAAAUCUUAUGUUAAAGAAUCAACAAAUUAUAUGGAAGAAGCACAGGAAAGAUAUGCGAAAUAAGUGGAUAGAAAAUAGCAAUGGCGAAGAAUGGUUUAAAAAAUUGAUUAUCGAAAAUAAAAAUAUAGAAGAAGGAUAUAAGGAUAUAAUAGAUAUAAAAAACAUAGAAAAGAAAAAAAGAAGUGAAAUAAAUGGAUAA